CGCCGGCAGAAGCUCAAGGAAAAUAAUCUGCGGCAUCCUUGGCCAAAGUUGCAUUACCAGGAUUCCUUAUUUAAACCAUGGUCGCGAGUCUUGCUGGGACUGGUGUUUAAUGCACGCUGCUGGGCAGAACUUAAUUUCAGCCAGGGCUCGACAAAGGUAUAGUUCUCCCCUCUGGAGCUGCUCCAUCAGCUGUAACGCCAUAGGUGUCGGGCUGGGUCAAGGGACCUGGCCGCUGCUCGCCUUAGGCCAGAGACCUCUGCCUGAUGAAGGGUUCUGUGCAACCUGCAAACUGGCUGGGAAAGGAAUGGAAGAAGAAAACUGGGGAGGGGUCUAACUACUCUGCUGACAUGUUUGAGAUCCAAACCACUUAAGGAAUUUCUCCACUUGAUAGCCUCUCCAGUUGGCAACCCAGUUACUGGAAGCUUCAGCAGAAGCCUACAUAAUCUCCAAAGCCAAACAAAGAAUGAGGAGAAAAAUAGCAGCAAAACGGAACAUGGUGGCCCAGUACUUCCAGUGUCAGACACCACUGGAACAACGAGUACAACCGUUGGUGAAAAUGGAAAAAGAACCAGACCCAGCAGGCUCUGAUUCGUUAGGAAUGUCAGAAGGUUUUGUAAAAACGUAUCGUAUUGUACAGGUAGGAACAGGAGGAGGAGGUCUCAGGCUAGUAACACCACAGCAAACCAGAAGCGAACAACUAGAGGCACCCCAGCGCUGGGAAAUCCAAGGGCAGGAAUUGCCGACUCCAGAUCUUACACCAGUCCAAUCACCUGCGUGGAGGAAUCUGCAAGUACCAGAACUCACCUUGACAGAAGACAUUGAGACCUACUUGACUACUUUUGAGGAUGUGGCUGAGGCCUGCAAAUGGCCACGGGAACAGUGGGUGACCCGGCUUGUGCCAGCCCUCAAUGGAGCUGCCCUCCAGGCCUACAAUAGUUUGGAUCCCAGAGAAAGUGGGGACUAUGGGAAAGUGAAGGCUGCAAUUUUACGAGAAGAUGCUGUCAGCCUAGAGAGGCAGAGGCAGCAUUUCAGGCAUUUCCGUUACCAAGAGGCUGAAGGGCCCCGUGAAGUCUGUUCUCGGCUGCGGGGGCUCUGCCAUCGCUGGCUGGAGCCAGAGAGCCGCACCAAGGAACAGAUUGUGGAACUGUUGAUCCUAGAGCAGUUUCUGACCAUCCUGCCUGAGGACAUGCAGGAGUGGGUUCAGGAAUAUCGCCCAAAGACCUGUAUUCAGGCAGUAACCUUGGCAGAGCAUUUUCUUCUGAAACAGCAAGACAAUGAGAGAUGGGAUCAGCAGGUCCUGGGACCAUAUAUGCUUGAGGAAUCUGUGAAUUUGCCAGAAAGUGAGCAAGUGCUGUCAGAUACUAGGCAGAUGGCGCUUUGCAGAGAAACCAAGGAGGAGCUGAAUGAGAAUCCCUCCUCAGUAGCAGGUGAUGAAAUACAGACUAAAAAUGAGGAAGAGUUUCUGUUACAGGAAAGCACAAAAAGGCAGAGGAAUCGACUUCUUCCCAAUUUGCAAGCAGCUCCAUUUGCUCACCAGACACCCAACAGUCAGCUAGCCUUGAAAAAACAGCCCUUGCACAAGCAAGAAGCGCUUUUCCCUUGCCCCGAAUGCGGGAAGAACUUCUCUCGUAAAUCCACCCUCACCAGACACCGGAGAGUACACACAGGAGUCAAGCCCCAUCAGUGUACCGAAUGUGGGAAAAGAUUCUUGCACAAAUUCAACCUGGUGAACCACAUGAGAACCCAUGUGCGAGAAGAAUCAAGCCGUUGUUCACUGUGUGGGAAAAAUGCAAAGCGGAAUUCAGGGCAGGGGAGCCAAGAGCGAAAGGCUGGGUGUUGUGAAUGCACAGGCAGUUUGGAACUGCAGUAUGGCGUGGAGCAGACAGAACAAGACACAGGAGAAUCCUUUAACUGACUUGAAUCCUAGGGAGAAACAGUGUAGCUGACUUGAAUGUGCAAAGAAGUUUUUAGGAAAUAACUCUAAAUCAGGGAAUUUUUCUGUGCCCUGGAAUCUUCUAGAAGCCAGAACCACCUUCUGAUAACAAGGCAGUUACCCUGAAUAUUGAUCAAAGCAAAAAAUGCCUUCAGCAGCUCAGUUCAUUCAUAUAUUUUAUGUUUUGUUCUUUGUUAAUUUCUAAAAUCAUCCAGCAGAGGGAGGGGGGGAAGAGCAACAAAGUUCUAACCUUCAGUGAUAAUAGGAAACAUUUUCUUCUUAAUACCACAGUCCAAAGUUUGACAAUCACCCAGCCAAAGCUAAUAGAAAUUCAGCCAUGCCCCUCCCAGAAGUCAGAAUGUGAUUGACUGUAGAAAUGUGCAAAACACUUCAAGAUCAAUACACUCUGAUAUCUGAGCAUACUGGAUGCUAUCUGAUCUUUAAAUGGGCUUCAAGAUUGGACCACCUCCUGUAUUCUCAGAACAGAUGCUCCCAUGUCAGAAUGGAACAUGGCAAGGUUGGAACAGUUCAAUCUCAAAAUGUUUUGCACACUCAGUUGAAGAGCAUCUACUUAAUCAAACUUCUCAGAUGACAGAGUAGUUGAGGCUCUAAAACUGGAUACAAAAUUUCUUUCACAAAUAUCAAUAUGCCCAAUUUUGCAAACACCCUAAACAGUGAAAAAGUAAACCUCACUUUCAGGAUGAUCAGUCAUGUUCUUAAUACAGUGCAAAAGUGUCUUUAUUUGCUCGUGCAUGAAAAUCACAUGGAUGGAUGCUGUCCAGUCUUAUCUUAGCUAAUUAAUGAUGUAACAGAUUUUUGGAAGUUUGGGACAACCUUUUAGGUAAUGUGUAAUGGAAUGUCACCUUAAAGGCCUUCAAUCCAGUGCCUCUUUCGUGGCGAUCUUGAAAACAAUGUAUUUGAAACUGUGAUACAGAUGUGAACUGUUCUGUUGAUUUGUCAAUUUUUUGUGUGUUCCUUUUUUUUAACAGUGCCUCAAUAAGAGAUGGUAACAUUCACAUGUGGUUCAUUGGAACUUUUAUAUUAGAGCUUUUCCUCCUAGGACUUUUGUUUCCCUAAAAGUAAAAUUAUUUUCCAAAAAUAAUCACCAGAGUCGAGAUAAAAGCUAAAGAACUACCUGGCUUAGCAGAUAUCCUUGUCAGAGAUACUGGGAAUUUGGUUUAACUCAUCUGAAUUACGCCUGUUGGAGAAAUUGGCCUUGUUUCCAAGGAAAUUUGUGGUUUGUAUAUGUCAGACAGUAGUUCUCAGUAGUACAUGGCAAACUUUUGAAAUGCUGACUUUAAAAAGUGAUUUGGGUAAGAACUGAGGAAUCUUGUGUUUGGAAAUGGGACAAAAAUCCAACUGGGUAUGCUCUAAGUCGGGGUUUUCUAAUUUCAUCAUCUGCCUGUUUGUAAAUUCCUGUCAAACAUAAGUAUUUCAGGGUCUUCUAACACUACCAGUUUUAAUCCCUUUAACACUGUUGAUAUACCAAAACUGCAUGUUUGGAAUUUUGCAAUGGUUAUAGCUGCACAUGUAAAUGUUAGAUUUUUUUAAGAGAAAAAAAUUGUUUUUUGUAAAUUUUUUAUU